AUGAACGCAAAGUCGUACACAUUACAAAUUUCUGUCGAAGAAAAGCAAAUAGACGAUGUCCUUCUGAGCUUAUUGCACACCAUUUUGUUCCACCGAACGACGGGGAAGUUCAGCUACCAAAAGGAAGGCUCGUAUACGAUAGGAACGCUCGGAUUUAUCGACACGGAUUGCUCAACUUUUGAUUUGACUUACGUACGAUGCAAUUCCAAAACCUUGGACCAAAACCUAAAGCGACAAAUCUCUCAGUUUAGGGAGGCUUUGAGAGGCAAUCCCGCCGCCAAAUGUGGCACGGUAAUACUAGAGUUUUACCAAAAAAAGAAGGGCCGUUGGCCGUUUGGUAUUGAACUUAUUUCAUGGGAAAUUUGGAACAUAACUUUGGCUAUCAAUCGUGCUAAAGGCGAGUUGGAAAGACAACGAUUUCGAGAAAAAGUCGCUGAAAACGUGAGCGAAAGGAUCAUGGAGAUUGCCCAAGCAAUAAACAGACCGGAUUACGUACCAAAGAUGCCAAAUCAAUCCGAACUUGCCAACGUUUUUGACACAAGUUAUACAAACAUUCAGCCAUAUUUAUUUAAAAUUCACUGUCAGAUGUCAAACGAGGUUACGACGUCCGUUGGAAGCACAAUGAGAAAACUCAUACGAGACACAUUUUCUUAUUAGAUUUUGGGCAGUGUGUCUUGUAAAAUGAUGUUAAAGUAUUUGAUAUCAAUAGCACCUAGAGUGCUUAUGAAGUGAAAAUUUACCUUUAAAAUUUAAAAAUUUUAUUUUUUUGUUGGAAAAAACUUUUGAGAUGAUUACGAACUGAUUAUGUGAUUUCCAAAAAUUCCACAUGCGAAAAUGUCAGCCCCAAAGUAAACCUAUAAUUCAACCUAUUUUAUGCAAAUGAAUUCUACUUCAACUGCCAAAUUUUCUUGGCCUUCAGUACAAAACUAUUGUACACAAAUCUGAGAAACAUGUACAUAAUAAAGUCGUGUAAAUAAU